UGUCGCCUUUUUGCAUCUCUCUCCCUCUCUCUCUAUAUAAGAGACCCUCUUUCCUCCUUGAAGUCCUUUUAUUCAACACCCUCGAAAACAGAAGCGAUCGAGUGAGCGGUGUCUGCUGUCUGCUCUGUCCUGGUCUUCUGAGAACUUGAAGCUCUGUGCUGGAAAAACAAGAUCUUUUUGUGUGUGUGUGUGUGUGUGAAGGUUUUGGGGGUUUUCUUGGGUUUUCCAGAAAUGUAUGCAGAGACAGGGCUGAUGUUCCCUUGCUUCCAGAACUUGUCACAGGAAGUUCAGCAGCUUGAGGAGUUUUGGAAAUCCCACAAGUCAAAUGCCUCUUUGGGCAACCUAAUUCAGGCCUCUGCCAUAUCGGAAUAUGACCUCGGUGGAGAAGGGGAUCUUUUCAAAGCUCCAGAGCCCAUAAUAGAAGAGCCACAACCGGUUGUGGGCCUCGAUCCGAUAACAGCGGCAAUUUCGAUGAUGUCCAGUGGGGAAGACAUCGUGUUGGCUCAAGGAUUGAAGGUUGCAGAUUUUAUGUCGCUUCAGAAUGACCCGCUGUUCAGCGAGGUCUUCUAUGACUGUAAGAAGGAUCUCCUGGAGAAAGCAGGGAUCGAUGCGCCGCUAGCCGGAAUUUUCGAUGAAAAGAUACCUCCUGUGAGGAUAGAUGAAAACGGAUUCCUAAAGGAUGAGUUGUCUUUUGAUGUGCCGUUUCAGAAGAGUGUGAGCUCGGGAAGCCUGACCUCAAUGGAAUGGAUGCACGGUGCUGCAGUGAAACCAAGUUUCCUGGAUUUUUCCGGACUCGAUCUUGGAGCUGUUUACGGGAUGAGGAGGGCAUUCAGUGAAGGAGACAUAAAGACUCUUGGUAGUGGUAAUGUGAGCCUUAUCCAUUCUCCACGUGAGCAGCCGAUCAUGAUCAGCAACUGCACCAGCGAAGAACGCCGGGAGAAGCUCUCAAGAUACAGAAACAAGAAAACAAAGAGGAACUUUGGGAGGAAGAUCAAGUAUGCAUGCAGGAAGGCGCUCGCGGACAGUCAACCCAGGAUUCGUGGAAGAUUUGCAAAGACCGAGGAAUACGACACGCCCAAGGGACAGUAAAAUAUCGGGCAUUGACUACCAAUAAACUAGGCCGCAAUAGCCGUUCCAGAGGAACACCAGAGAGAGUUUAGCCUCACAAAAGAGAGCCGGGGAAGUCGAUGAAGAAGGCUUGUUGAGGUUAUGACUCUGUAAACGAAAUCCCCAACUCCGUGCAAACUAGUUGCUCUCUAAGAUCCACCGUAGUAACACUCCUAUAUAGACCAGAAGGUGCCGGCAAGAUCUGUACAUAGGUUUGUUGGACAAUAAAAGGGUGGUCGAGAAAAAGAUGUAGAUGCUCUCGCAUUAUAUAUCUUAUGUCGUUUAUGUAUCGAGUGCAUCGGUGCUGCUACUUUGUGAGUCCUUCCA